AUGGUCGCCCUCACUUCGUCACAACGCGAAGCCAUUCUUAAUGGGCCAGCCGGUUACCCCCCUGCUGGGAAGACAGCUAACCUCACGGACCCGCCCAAUAUGCAUACCAUCGGGCGCAUUGUCCACCUAAUCCUCUUCAUUGUGGCCUCUUUGUGCUUUAUUAUCCGUAUAUAUACCAAAGCGUGUGUUGUACGACACGUAAGAAUGUCUGACUAUAUGAUGAUCAUUGCCUGGCUCGGAUUCAUAGGGUACUUCGUCCCAGCUUGGUUACUAGGCAAUGUCGCCCCAGGUGUCGACCAGUGGAAUAUGACCAUGAGAGACUUCAUUAAGAUGCUAUACUACUUUCGUGUUGGGUCGGUCUUGUACGGGAUCUGCAUCUUUUUCAUCAAAGCCUCCAUCCUAUUGCAGCUAGUUGAAAUCUUCUGUCACCGAAAGGACACAUUCUACUGGGUUUGCCAUACCGUUAUUUGGAUCAACCUUCUGUUCUACGUGAUUAGUACCUUUGUUGAGAUCUUCUCCUGUCGUCCGAUGGCGGCUGCGUGGGAUGUUCUGAUCUCCGGCAAGUGCAUGAAUGUCCGUCUACUAAAUGUGAUUGCCAGCUCAGUGAAUGGUUUCUUCGACCUAAUAAUUCUGAUUCUGCCUCAAACCCGCAUCUGGCGACUUCAGAUGGCUCUCCGCCGGAAGCUCGCUGUCUCAACCGUAUUCCUAUUUGGAAUCCUAGCUUGUGCAUCAGCUAUCACGCGGCUCGCAUAUGCCGUACUAUUAUUUACGACAACCAACAACAUUGCCUACUACAGCUACAUGGCAGGCUUGUGGACCCUGCCCGAGUUGGUGGCUGGUAUCAUUGCGGGAUGUCUCCCAUCCUCCCCGAAGUUUUUCCAGAAGCUAGGCCAGAAUAAGGUUAUGUUGAAGUGGGGGAGCUCACUGCAAAACCUCCUGGUCAGUCGUGGUGGCCUUUCGCAGCGGCGUGGUCAUGGGGGCGGCAGACUGUCGGGCAAUUCUUACAUGAUGGAAGUUCCGAAGGAGGAUAGCAAAAUUAAGCAACAACAGGAGCAUGAAGACUGCAAGCGCCAUCGGCAGCGAAAAGGCCCACCGGACCAGUAUCCGCUGACAUCGUUCGCCAGUGCGCCGGGGACCAUUGACCAGUCUACGAGUGACCUGUCUUGUAGCGCAGAACGGUUGGGGGAAAGGGUGUGA